GGUGUGAGGAUUCAGUAAAAUGCUCAGAUUAGAGUCGGGCACAGGGCAGUUCCCGGUUACAUAGGCGUUGCUAUCAUAUUUCACCUUGGACCCGACCCCAGUUAGGGGUCAACAUAGGUGCCGCUCAAAAGACAGCCCGCCGCGAGGAGCCCUUGGAGCCAAGGUCAGCCUGUUGGCAGAGAGGCUGCCAUAUCAGAAGGCCCAGGCUUUGCUGCCCAUCAACUGUGUGAUCUCUCUCUGGACCGUGGUUUCUCUGUACAACAAGGGAUAGAACCAGCUGGUGUCAGAGGCUUUGCGGGUGGGGCUGGGCAGUAUUGCACAUGGUCUGGAUGUAUGGAAUCUGCCCAGUGAGAUGGGAUGAACCCCUGGGAGAACUAGAGCCUUGACCCAGUAAGAAGUCUGGAUUCCGUCCUUAUUCUAUUCCUGGUUUUCUGUGUGUGUGCAUCACUCCAUGAGUGGAAUGGUUUUUCUCUCUGUGAACUAGGGACUGUGGGAGGGUUGAAAUACGUGUAGAAUGCUUUGGUGGAGACUAGAAGCCGUAGAAUCACAAAGACAGAGUCACCAAAACCAGCAGGGUUUCCGUGCUUCCAUGGAUGGGAAGCUCACUCCCCUCUGCGGAUUGGCAGAGCUGAGUCACUGGAACGACCACCCAGCAGUAACAGUCAUGACCCCUUAGGUGUGGCCAGCACUCUGGUUUAGAGGGCCUUUCAGCACAUUUUCUCAUUAGGGCUUCACACUUGGCAGAGAGAAUUGAUGGGAAUCUCAUCUGACAGAGAUUUUUGGGAUUAAUGCAUGCCCAGCAGUGCAUGGAUCACUUUACGCUUGUAUAUCCACGUUUAAUCAUCACAGCCUUCCUAUAAAGUCAAUGUUGCUGUUCCCAUUUUAUAGAUAAAGACACUUAACUGAGGUUGUGUCUUAUCUGCGCUUACACAGCCAGUGAGAAGCAGAGCCAGGAUUCACACCUGGUUCAUUCAACUCCAUCAGAGCCUUUGUUUUUAAAUCCCGCUCCCCCUCCUUUUUUUUUUUGGUCUUCUCUACUCCCUCCCUCCCUUUCUUUUUCAUAGAACACCCUGCCAUUCUCAGAAGUCCAACGGCUGUCCACACAGAGCCAGGGAGAACAGGCCCUGUCCACGGGGGUGUGGGAAGGAAGAGGUAACAUCAGGCAGGCUCGUGCCUCCCGAUGCUUCCAGGCUUUUCCUUAGAGACUGGUAAAUGAGGAUGAGAUGAGCCUAAAGAGCCUGACGGUGACAGUUCCAACCCCAUUCUCUUCCAUGGAUCCUGGGAAAAGAGUAAUAGCUGGGGCGGCUGGCCGGGGUGGCCCUGAACACCUUGGAGGGGGGCGUGGGUAGGUGGCCAGAUGAUCAUGAAGGAUUCACAGACACAUUCCACUUGCUGAGGAGCAGAAGUUCCCUAGGAGCAAAGGGUCUCACUUCCCCUCCAAGCUAGCCCAGAGCGCACGAAGCCAGACUGCCCAGGCCCCUCCCCUGUCCCUGGGGCCAUGUGGCUCCUUCCUUGCCGUGAUCCCAGCAGGGCAGAGUGCAGGAGGACCUCCUGCGGGUUGACUGACAGCCCCGCCCUUCCCUCUGACUCCUAGGGACCUCCUGCCCACCUCAGUCUGGACGCUGGGAGGCAAAGUGUAGACAGGGCCCCAGAAGUCAUGUUUACUAAUGAAUCUAAGCUGUUAGGACAAAUGUCAGGGUUAUACUUGCCAUUUCCCGGCCUAGAUGUGCCUCCCCUGGCUUGUUCCUAGAAUGUACCCAUAAGUGGAAUUCUUGUAAAUUGGAUUAUUCGGGGGACCUUGACAUUUAAAGGAAUCAUGUUGUAAGCCUUUUGGUAAAGCAAAAAAUUGUAUCGUCAGUAAAGGGCUUCAGUGAUAUCAGGUUUGAAUGAUUUGAUUUUUGUCUGUAGGAUUUUCUUAAAAGUGGAGAAUGACUGGCCACACAAAGGUCCUUCUGUGAUUCAUUCAGCAAAACCAGUUAGUAAACACCCACCUCACAGCAGGUGUUAGGCUAAUAGUGUAGACUUAGCGUCCCUGGGCCUCCUGGGAGGGAGGGCAGACAGAUAGGCAGAGAGAGUACAGCCAGGGAAGCGUCUGGCCCCGGAUUUGUUCUGUUCAUCUGAUCGGAAGGGAACUUUGUUGAAUACCUAUGAGCUACAUGAGACGCAGGAGAAAUACAGUGACACAUCUCAGGGUGUCGCCACUGCUUUCUAAGGAGUUCCCAGUCCAGUGGGGUGAUAGACACAAAUACAAAACCAGAAGUUUGUGUGAGGGGGACAGGGCCGAACUCGCUGUGCUCGUCCGAGUGGGAGCGCUGCUGUGUGGCCGGCUUUGGUGCUGUCCUUCCUGGAUGACAGCGGAGGGGCUGGGAAAGAGUUGCCGUGGUGCCUAUUGGCGGGGGCUGGGGAGCCCACUUGGCCUUUCAGACCGCGUCCACAUAAGCAGCCCCCAAACCCAGGAAAGUGAAUGGUAACAUUCAAGCUGGUGGCUCCCUUUCCUGUCAGUUCUCAGGGAGCUACGGUGACACUUACUGUGCCACAUCUGCAUUCUCGGGGACUGGCAGGUCUCCACGUGCUUUUGCUUGUCACGUUCCUCGAGGGUGGAACGAGAGUUCAUUGUCACAAGCAGCGCGCCGCUUCCUCCUGUGGGCUGGGGCGCGGGUGUGGGACACUGCCGUGAGCCAGGGCUGGGGGCAGUAUUUAGAACUGAGGCCCCCCCAGCCUGUUACCCCAAAGGGCUCUUGGGUUGGUGCCAUAACUGGAACCGUCCUCAUUGGAGUCCCAAGCCCUGUACCUGAACAGGGAAGGGAGGGGAUCCGUCUGACAGCUGAUUCGAGAACCUGAAGGGGGGGGGAGCCAGGGGUCUCUGGGGGCACAGUGGAAGGGGUCUAUGGAGGGUGGAAACAGUGGCAAAGUCCAGGUCUAAGGGCGACCCUGGUGGGGCCUGUGGAUGCUGUCGGCUCCCUCCUGUUCCGCAGAAGGCCCGUGUGUGACCCCUGUCCCCGGGGAACGCCUGGGUCCACAGAAGGAGCCGGGUCCGGGGACGAGGCGGCGGCCCCCUUCCCAUCUGUUCCCAGCAGCCAGGCCAGGCCCUCCCCCGGUGCCCCCACUGGCUGGCUGGCGUCUCCAGAAAGGGCUGGCCGUGGCAGAAGUGGAAUUGCAUCAGGGAGCAGCAUUUCUGAGUUGUUUGGCUGGGGUGGUCCUGCUGCUUCUGGAAGGUUCCUUGUCUUCCAGGACAAGUUCAGAGUGCAGGUGUAUGUUGGAGGCUAACUACAGACAUGGCAGUGAAGAUCUUCAGCGUUUCUUAUGUUCUGUUCCCCUUCGCUUCUUCUGGUCUCUAAGUUAUGUGUCGAAGGCCCGUGCUUGUCCUCGGGGCACUUUUCUGUUACUUCUCUUGAAGCUCUUAAAGCACUUCUCCGUCUUACAGGGGUUUCAGCUGGUUUUGAGGACCAUACCGGGAGGUCAGUGACUUAACUACAGCCCCGUGGAGUACUGUAAAGGGGGCGGAGUGAGCCCCCGGGAGCACAGACUUGCACAGCUUUCCUGGGGGACUGGGGGGCUUUCACCCCUGUACUGAGGGACUCCUGUGGCUCCGUGCCGGGAUGCAGUGGUGAAAAGGCAAGGUCCUACCUCGGGGGCUUCCAUUCUAGUGGAGGCCAGACGGUCAGUAAACUGUCAUUUCAGCUAGAAAUACGCACUCUGAAGGCAGGAACCACGGGGAUCGGGUAAGCGUGUUGGAGGAAGUCACCUUAGACUGGUCAGGGAAGGCCUCUUUGAGGUGACACGUGAGUGAAACCCUGUGUUGAAAAUCAGCUGCUCACGGGGGAAGGCCCAGGGCUCGGCAAACGCACGGGCCCCUUGACCUUGGGUAGGAUGCCACCGUGUGCAUCGCCUCCCUCCUCUACACGGGGCUCGUGGGGUGCCUGGGUCGCGGUGAGUCGUGAGGGUCCAGUGGCCAGCGAAGAGUGCGCAAUGCGUGUGGGCAGAGGAUGGGUGGCUGCUACCCCCGUUCUGUCUCCUGGCACGGCCCUGCCGUUCCUGCACCGUUGCCACUCAGCCCCCGCAGGCUGGGUCCCCGCACACCCCUGCCCUUCAGAAACUCAGCUGAUCAGUUUCCCGUUGUUGACAGACUGGACCCAUGGCCCCAGGCUGCACUCAGGGCGCUGUACUCCAGGCCCCGUCUGCCAGGACGGGCUCACCUCCCACACUCUUUUCUCUGUCCACACUGCAGCCAGCCUGGCCGUCCCCAGCCCUCUGUGUGGCACGCGUGCCAUGUCACCUCUGCUCUGUCCCUGUCCCCUUCCAGAGCAUUCCUUGUCCUCCGGGCCCGGCCUUCUCUUGGCUGCUGCCCCGCCUGCCAUUCGGAAGGGACUCCUCUAUCCCUCAAGCUCCCAUAGCACUUUUUGGCUCAACGAGAGUCCUCAUUUCUGCCUUGUGUUCUCGUUGGUUCCAUUUCUUCCCUGUCUCCCCUGCUGUAAGCCUCUGGGUGUUGAACUUUAUCUGGACAAGCCUCACAGCAGCCGAAACAGCCCCGCGCACGGUGAGCAUCUGUAGAGGAGCGCGGUGCCUCGGGAGAGGUGUGACCCUCCAUCCCCUACGUGGUGUGGCCCAGCUGGCUGAAUGUGGCGCUCGCAGCGGGCCUCCGCUCUGCCAUUGGGGCCCGGCCGUCUGCUUUCACUCUCCCCUGUAGCCCACGCAGCUGCCACCGCAGCCCCCAGAGGCGCACGGCAGGCCGCUCCCUGCUUAACCUAGGGUGGUUCCGGCCCGCUGUUCUUUGGUGUGAAGUCGGAACUAGUACAUGACCCUUAGGACCCCGAGUUUCCCGUUGGAAGGGCAACACACGUGCCUGUCUUCCUGGAACAGUCUUCUUGGUUGCUGAGCGAAGGCUUCCUCAUCCUUGAUGUUAGCUGGUGUGUCGCUUCUCCUGACACCUGUGCUCUGCCAGCACCUUGUACCUCUCCGCAGCCCUCACACAUGCCUGAUCGUGUGUAUCCGCCUGGCCGUCUCCCUGUUCACAGACAGCACCUGGCACAGAGUCAGGCUCAUGGGUAACCGUGGACUGGACCCCCAAGGAUACCGCUGCUGAGUCUGGUGCCUGAGCAAAGACGUGGCUGGUGACAGCAUGACGAGCGAGGUGAUAGAGGACGAGAAACAAUUCUAUUCCAAGGCCAAGACGUACUGGAAGGAGGUCCCGGCCACCGUGGACGGCAUGCUCGGGGGGUAUGGCCACAUCUCCAGCAUCGACAUCACCAGCUCCCGGAAGUUCCUGCAGAGGUUUCUGAGGGAAGGCCCAAACAAGACGGGAACCUCGUAUGCCCUGGACUGCGGAGCCGGCAUUGGAAGGAUCACCAAGAGGCUGCUCUUGCCUCUCUUCGGAGUGGUGGACAUGGUGGACGUGACGGAGGACUUUCUGGUCAAGGCCAAGACCUACCUGGGUGAGGAAGGCAAGAGAGUGAGGAACUUCUUCUGCUGCGGCCUCCAGGACUUCAGCCCGGAGCCGCACUCUUACGACGUCAUCUGGAUCCAGUGGGUGAUAGGCCACCUGACCGAUCAGCACCUGGCCGAGUUCCUGCGGCGCUGCAAGCGGGGCCUCCGCCCCAACGGCAUCAUCGUCAUCAAAGACAACAUGGCCCAGGAGGGCGUGAUCCUGGACGAUGUGGACAGCAGCGUGUGCCGGGACCUCGACGUGGUCCACAGGAUCGUCCGCAGCGCAGGCCUCAGCCUCCUGGCCCAGGAGCAGCAGGAGAACCUUCCAGACGAGAUCUACCACGUGUACAGCUUAGCCCUGAGAUGAGUGGGGCUGGCAGGAGAGAGGGACCAGCGUGGGUGGGGAAGGACUGACAGCUGCACGCGGUCCACACGCUCAACCUCGAUGGUUCGGGGGUGCUGAGCGGGGCCACGAAAUAUACCUGUCUGCCGUCCACUCACUAUACAGACUCUUAUUAAAAAGGCAUAAGGGGACCCAGUCGGGAGGGGUGCCACUGAAUGGGGCAGCGAGGCCGGAGUGAGCGGCGGGGACUGGGCCCUGUGGGCCCAUGCGACCCCUGGGCCUCCAGUGCUCGCCUCGUGGGAAUCCGGCGGUCCCAUCAGAAGUGAGACUCCCUGCUCUCCAGUAACACCACCUGGCCUUCCUGCCACAGGCCUGGCUGGCUUAAGAGGAAGAGAGUAACCACUAAAGCGGUUGCCGAGGACUUUAUGCCUCCAGAGGGGAGGGGAGCGGAGCUGGGCCCGUGGAGCCUGCGGCUCUCAGCACCCUCCUGCCUGCGCUGAGCCUACAUGGUGCCUGCCGAGUGGUGCAGUUGAUGGGAUGUCCACGUUCCGGGUGCUAUUUGGAGAUGGGGCCCUGGGGCCCUUAACGUGAUUGUCACCACAGCCUGCAGGGAGGGGAGAGGCCUGGAGCUUCCCUCUCGGCUGUGCCUUGUGACUCCUCCUUAGGGGGCAUUUUCAGUCAAAAAUAAAAGGGUGAACCCCUGUACUGGAAAGGCC